AUGGAGUCUGGGAAGGCAAUUUGUGUCUUUGGGAUACUCUUUUUCGUAUUGGCUGGUAUAGAAGCCAGUCAACUUGGUGGUGGUUUAAGGAAGUGUGGUUUCCCUGCGGUAUACAACUUCGGCGACUCAAAUUCCGACACCGGAGGACUAUCAGCUGCCCUGGAUGAGGUGCCUCCACCUAAUGGUGAAACUUUCUUUGGCAAGCCUUCUGGGAGGUUCUGUGAUGGUCGUCUCAUCAUAGAUUUGAUAGUUGAGAACUUGGGGUUGCCAUACCUGAGUGCGUAUCUGGACUCAAUCGGAACCAAUUUCAGGCAUGGUGCUAAUUUUGCGACCGGAGGCUCGUCGAUCCUACCCGGUGGCUACAGCCCCAUCCACCUAGACAUCCAGAUUUCUCAAUUCAUACAGUUCAAGUCUCGGACCACUGCUCUUUAUAAGCAACUUGGUGACCACAGUAAUCUACCGAGGCCUCGAGACUUCUCAAAGGCUCUAUACACAUUUGACAUUGGACAGAAUGAUCUUGCCUAUGGUUUCGAGCAUACAAAUGAGGCUCAUACCCGAGCUUCCAUUCCUACUAUCCUGGAUGAGUUUGCUCAAGCAGUACAGGCUUCUAUGGAUUUUGAGUCUGGAAUAGAAUAGUGCCUUAUUCGGCACUAUACAGACACGAAUUCGACUAUGCAUAGUUACAAACGAAUCGCAUGUGAAUUAAAUAAAUUUUGACACGUCAUAACUUGCAAACAUGAUACAACAAAACUCAUUGACAACAAUUAGUUCAAUAUUCCGUGCCAUCUGAGGCUGAUCGAAUUGGAACUAAAAUCCCAUUGUGAUCUAUGUUCCAACAACUAUACAAUGAAGGGGUUGAGUUUUCUGG